AUGGGGGAACGACUUAGAACACAAAGCGGUUUAAAUAUUGAAGUGGUGGAUGUAGAGCAACAUGAGGAUCAGCCAACUGUCUCGGAGACAGAAAGAAAGGCAAAUAUAAAUUCAACCAAGGAACAUUUUUUAAAGGUCUAUAACAACUGUAAAUAUAGCUUGAGAGAAGCUAAAGAAAGAGAAACUACUGUUAUCGAAAAGAUUAUCUGGCUGCUCAUGUUUACAUCUUGUUUUAUUUAUUGCGGAAUACUUAUUUGGAGAUCCUAUUCAAAAUGGAUUAAAAGUCCUGCCAUAGUUAUGUUAACUGAAAAUGAUGAACCAAUCCGAGAGAUCCCUUUUCCGGCGGUAACCGUCUGCCCAGAAAGAAAGAUAAUGUCCGAAGUGUUUAAUUUUCAACAUUAUAUUGAACUUAGCAACAACAAAACUAAUGUUGACUUAUCAGACCAAGUGCAGAAUAUGUACGAGGAUGUGUCUUUAAUUUGUGAUUACGAUCGUAUUCCAAGAAACGGGAGAAAUGUUUCUGUCGGUAACGAGACGGUUGGAAAUAUAUUAAAGGCUUCAACAAAGUUAUUGAAAGUUAUGUCUCUGUGUACUUGGAAGGGAAAACAAAGAACUUGUAAUUCCCUUUUUACACCCAUUCUAACAGAAGAAGGAAUGUGCUUCACGUUCAAUACAAUUGGGCCUGAAGAUCUAUUUCAACUUGAGAAUAUGCACACAGAUUAUGAAUACAUGAAGAAACUGAACAGAACCCGAAAUCAAGGUUGGACAAUGGAAAACGGGUAUCCUUUCGACGCUCCGAGAAAAACUUACCCUGUAAGAGGUUCUGGCGCUGGAGUGAAAGCCGGUUUGGGCUUAAAGUUGACUGAGAUGGAAAAAGGUUUGGACUUGACUUGCAAGAGAAGGCUUUCAGGUUUUAAGAUACUACUUCACAAUCCGUCUGAUCUACCGCGACCUUCUCAGCAGUACAUCAGAGUUCCAACGUUUGAAGACGUAACUCUGUCAUUUACAGCAUCAUUGGAAUUUACAUCCGAUGGACUAGAAGUAUUUACUCCUAUAGGACGGCGAUGCUAUUUCGCAGAUGAGCGUAGCCUCAAAUAUUUUAAACUGUACACGCAAUCUAAUUGUGAAUAUGAAUGCUUAACAAACUUUACCUAUGCAAGAUGUAGAUGUGUACACUUUGCCAUGCCACUGGAACUAUCUACAAUGGACAUUGAAGAUGAAGGAAGGGGUGACGUUACUACUGAAGAAGCCAUUCGAAUAGCAGAAGAAUGCAACUGUCUACCGGCUUGCACUUCUAUCACUUACGAAACCGAAGUUACACAAACUGAACUGCAUGAGAAUGAGAGGCACGAAUAUAAAGUUGUUACUGGGAAUAACUCACAUAGUGGCGAUAUAAAAACGUCUAAAGUUUCUAACGUCAUAAUAUUUUUCAAAAGACCCCUGUUCGAUAUAUUCAAACGAUGUGAACUGUAUGGCACGUCUGAUAUUCUUGCAAGUUGCGGUGGAUUGCUUGGACUCUUCAUGGGUUUUUCUGUGAUAAACAUCGUAGAAAUUGUGUACCUUUGUUUUCUGAGUGUCUACCGACGUCAUAAAUCUGAUAAGUGUGAACAAUCCAAUAAAGAAAAUCUUCAUCUGAAGAAUUGA